AUGGAGAGGCACCGGGCGCGCGCUCUUGGCCGGGACAGCAAGGCGCCGCGCAGGAAGGGCCUGUCGCCCGCGCUGCCCGCAACCCCCUACGAGCCCGGGGAGAAGCGCCCCAAGUUGCAUUUAAAUAUUAGGACACUGACAGAUGAUAUGCUGGACAAAUUUGCUAGCAUAAGAAUUCCAGGGAGCAAGAAAGAGAGACCUCCUCUUCCCCAUCUGAAGACCGCAUCUGGAAGCGGUGACCGCUCCUCAGUGGCUUCAGAGACAGGGGAAAACAUUCCAAAGCUGCUGCCUGAGAAUGAGGUCUUAAAACUCUUUGAGAAGAUGAUGGAAGAUAUGAAUUUAAAUGAAGAUAAAAAGGCACCAUUGCGGGAAAAGGACUUCAGUAUCAAAAAAGAAAUGGUGGUGCAGUACAUUAAUACUGCUUCUAAGACAGGAAGUCUUAGAAGUAGCCGACAGAUCUCACCUCAGGAAUUUAUCCAUGAGCUGAAAAUGGGGUAUACUGACGAGAGACUUUCCACAUAUCUGGAGUCACUGCGAGUAUCAUUGACCAGUAAUCCUGUGAGUUGGGUGCAAAGCUUUGGACAUGAGGGACUCGGACUAUUAUUGGACAUUUUGGAAAAACUGAUUAGUGGGCAAAUCCAAGAAAGAGUUGUAAAGAAGAAUCAGCACAAAGUUAUCCAGUGUCUGAAAGCCCUGAUGAACACACAGUAUGGCUUAGAAAGAAUUAUGAGUGAGGAGAGGAGUCUUUCCUUGUUGGCAAAAGCCAUGGAUCCCAAGCAGCCCAGUAUGAUGGCGGAUGUGGUGAAGCUUCUUUCUGCAGUAUGCAUUGUAGGAGAGGAGAGCAUCCUUGAAGAAGUUUUAGAAGCAUUGACUUCAGCUGGAGAAGAAAGAAAAAUUGACAGAUUUUUUUCCAUUGUUGAAGGCCUUCGGCACAAUUCAGUGCAACUGCAAGUAGCUUGUAUGCAGCUCAUAAAUGCCCUUGUUACAUCUCCUGAUGAUUUGGACUUCAGGCUUCACAUCAGAAAUGAAUUUAUGCGUUGUGGAUUGAAAGAGAUAUUGCCAAACUUAAAAUGUGUUAAGAAUGAUGGCCUGGACAUACAACUUAAAGUUUUUGAUGAGCACAAAGAGGAAGACUUCAUUGAGUUCUCUCAUCGACUUGAAGAUAUUAAAGCUGAACUUGAUGAAGCAGCUGAUGUUUAUGACAUGGUGUGGGAUACAGUUAAGAACACUAGAGCAGAGGGAUAUUUUGUUUCUAUUCUUCAGCACCUUUUGCUCAUUCGAAAUGACCACUUUAUAAGACAACAGUACUUCAAACUAAUUGACGAGUGUGUGUCACAGAUUGUAUUGCAUAGAGAUGGAAUAGAUCCAGACUUCUCAUACAGAAAAAGACUAGAUUUGGACUUGAGUCAGUUUCUAGAUGCUUGCAUAGAUCAGGCAAAACUAGAAGAGUAUGAAGAGAAAGCAUCAGAGCAUUGCAAGAAAUUUGAAAAAGAGUUUACUGACCACCAAGAAACUCAGGCUCAAUUGCAGAAAAAAGAGGUAAAGAUUAAUGAGCUUCAAGCAGAGUUACAAGCUUUCAAAUCCCAGUUUGGUGCCUUGCCACCUGGCACAAAAAUUCCUUUGCAAACUGCAGUGGAAGGUGAACCUAGCCCUUCAGCCCUUCCUCCUGCCCCACCAGCACCUGGUGGAGCAGCACCACCUCCUCCACCUCCUCCCCCACCUCCUCCCCCUCCCCCACCUCCCCCACUUCCAGGAAUGGCAAUGCCAUUUGGUGGACCAGUGCCACCACCACCUCCCCUGGGAUUUCUCAGUGGGCGAAGUUCUCCAUUAAACCUGCCAUUUGGGUUGAAACCAAAGAAAGAAUUUAAACCUGAAAUCAGCAUGAGAAGAUUGAACUGGUUAAAGAUUGGACCAAAUGAAAUGUCUGAAAACUGUUUCUGGAUAAAAGUCAAUGAAAAUAAGUAUGAAAAUACGGAUUUGCUUUGUAAACUUGAGAACACAUUUUGUUGCCAACAAAAAGCAAAAAGAAGUACAGAUGAUUUUGAAGAGAAGAAAAUUAUUAAGAAAAGAAUCAAGGAACUUAAAUUUCUAGAUCCUAAAAUUGCUCAGAACCUUUCAAUCUUCCUGAGCUCCUUCCGGGUGCCUUACAAGGAAAUCAAGACAAUGAUAUUGGAAGUGGAUGAAACACAGUUGUCAGAGUCUAUGAUUCAGAACUUACUAAAGCAUCUUCCUGAUGAAGAGCAAUUGAGUUCAUUGUCCCAGUUCCGGAGUGACUAUAACAACUUAAGCGAACCUGAGCAGUUUGCUGUUUUGAUGAGCAAUGUGAAGAGACUCCGGCCACGGCUCAGUGCUAUUCUCUUUAAGCUUCAAUUUGAAGAGCAGGUGAACAACAUCAAAGCUGACAUCAUGGCUGUCAGUACUGCCUGCGAAGGGAUCAAGCAGAGCAACAGCUUUUGCAAGUUGCUGGAACUUGUGUUGCUAAUGGGAAACUACAUGAACGCUGGCUCCCGGAAUGCUCAGACCUUCGGAUUUGACCUUAGCUCUCUCUGUAAACUAAAGGACAUAAAAUCAGCAGAUCAGAAAACAACACUCCUUCAUUUCCUGGUGGAUGUAUGUGAAGAAAAGCACCCAGACAUCCUGCACUUUGUUGACGAUUUGGCACACUUAGACAAAGCUAGUAGAGUCUCUGUAGAAAUGCUGGAAAAGAAUUUGAAGCAGAUGGGAAGGCAGCUUCAACAGCUUGAGAAGGAUUUGGAAACCUUUCCCCCUCCUGAGGACUUGCAUGACAAGUUUGUGAUAAAGAUGUCCAGCUUUGUAACGGGUGCAAAAGAGCAGUAUGAGAACCUCUCCAAGCUGCUAAGCAACAUGACGCAGCUGCACCAGAGUGCGAUGCGCUACUAUGCUGUCGACACGAAGAAGACGUCUCUGGAAGACUUUUUCAGUGACUUGAGUAACUUCAGAACUGCAUUCAUGCAAGCGUUAAACGAAAACAUCAAAAAAAGAGAAGCAGCAGAAAAGGACAAACGUGCCAGACUAGCUAAAGAGCGAGCAGAGAAAGAACGCCUUGAACGCCAACUAGAGAAAAAACGUUUGCUAGAAAUGAAAACUGAGGGUGACGAGACAGGAGUGAUGGAUAGUCUGCUGGAGGCCUUGCAGUCAGGGGCUGCCUUCCGGGACAGAAGGAAAAGGACACCGAAGCCGAAAGAUAUUCGGCAGAGUCUCAGUCCAAUGUCUCAGAGGCCUGUUCUCAAAGUUUGUAACCAUGAAAACCAGAAAGUGCAGUUGACAGAAGGGUCACGUCCACACCACAGUAUCAAUGGCAACUCCACCAGGACUCCAGUCGCGAAGGAGCUUAAUUAUAAUCUAGACACUCAUAAGUCUACAGGGAGGAUCAAGGCAGUCGAGAAGGAAGCCUGUAAUGCAGAAAGCAACAGAAAAAAGGAAAUGGAACUUCGUGGCUCUAUUUCUAAAAGCGAAUCAGUUCCUGAAGUUGAAGCCCUGCUGGCAAGAUUACGAGCUUUAUAA